AUGUCGGCUAUUGUGCCACAGCUCGGUGGCAGGACGCUUGGGGACAGGCAGAGAGUGUCCUGUGCCCGUCGUGCUGCUCCGGACUGUCACAUCGGGGCCGUGUCCCAGAGCUGGGGGGAUUGCCUGGGGACUCCCAUCGUCUACUCACCCGUCAAAGCCGACCUGACUGGAAAUAUCAAGACAGAUUGCCUGGGGACUCCCAUCGUCUACUCUCCUGUCAAAGCCGACCUGACUGGGAAUAUCAAGAAAAUCCGGGCAGUUUACGACUCCAACCCCGCCAGGUUCAAAACGCUGCAGAACAUCCUGGAGGCGGAGAAGGAGAUGCACGGCUCGGCCUGGCCCAAGACGGGCGCCACGCUGGCGCUGAUGUGGUUGAAAAGGGGCCUGAAGUUCAUGCUGGUGUUGCUGCAGAGCAUCUCGGAUGGUGAACGGGACGAGGAGCACCCCAACCUCAUCCGGGUGAACGCCCUGAAGGCUUACGAGAUCGCCCUGAAGAAAUACCACGGCUGGAUGCUGCAGAAGCUCUUCAUGGGCUCGGUCUACGCUCUCCCCUACAAAUCGGAUUUGCUGAAGGCGUUAGAGAAAGGCAAAGAAGUCAAAGAGGAGGAAAGCAUCGAGAAGAUCCAUCAGUUUCUCUCCAGGGUCACCCCCAUCUUGGAUGCCAUCUACGAGAUGUACACCAAGAUGAACGCCGAGCUGAGCUACAAAGCCUAAAAAGGCUCACGGCAGGGGACAUUUAGCAGGGCUUAAAUAAGGUGUGAAGGGUGCUACCUGUGUCUUAAAUCAACUCAGGCAGUCAUGGGGGGGGUUGCAUCUCCCCGGCUGUCAGGCGACUUUAAUUAUUCUCCUCUGGAUCUGCAGUGGAAUAACCUGUUUUCUAAAAAAAUAAUAAUAAUUAAUUUUUCUAUUGAGAAUACGGCAAUAAAACAAUCGUAGCCCGGUGUCGGCGUAGGAUUGCCCAAGCUUUUCUACUACUAAAGAGGAAAAAAAAUCAAGUGUUUUUAGUCCUAACGGCCGGGUCGAUGUCUGCUACGUUAUGGGGAGGGGGGAUGAAGCGUGUCACUUUGUCCCGGUGUCACUUUGGGACUCAUGGACAGCACCAAGGGGAGAAACAUCCCGAAUGAUGCCGGCGGUGCCCGCGGCGGAGGAUCCGAUGCCUUUCCCUGGGUGACCCCCAAACUCCUCCCGCUUGAAGGGCUGGAGCUCGAGGUAAUGGGGGGGGGACGGGGCUGGCCCCACGCCGUGGUUUGUGGAAGCAGGAGGUGCCUUAUUAACCCCCCGCCUUAGGGUGCUGCCGAGCCCCCCGCCGCGGGGCAGGGAGGCAGAAAUUUAAUAAAAACUCACCGUAACCUCG